AUUCAACGCCAUUCACGACUUGCUGCCUCCGGGGGGCAGCAUGCUGAAAAACCGGUUAACAAUCUGUUUUAUUUAUUUCCCGUAGGAUCUGAAGGGAGAUCAAAACCAUGCAUUGCCCACAAUAACAGCAUCGACGACGAAGACGACGACGACGGCCGGAAGGAAGAGCCCCCUCCAACCCCAACCCUCGGGCACCAUGGCAGAGGCACCAGACCAGCCCGAGCCAGUGCUCGACCACGAGCGCCACCUGCGAUACUGGAAGAUGUGUCUGCAGUCGCCGCUGCCCCGGCACUACCUGUCCAACGAGGGCAACCGCAUGGCGCUGGCCUACUUCAUCAUCAACGCCAUCUCCAUCCUCACGCCCCCACCCGCCGCAGCCAGCCCGAUGGGGGGUGAACAGCAGCAACAACAACAGCAGCAAGAACAGCAGUCCGCUUCCCAGCGAAAGCCACCACUGAUCCCCCCCGAAGAUCGCAGACGGCUGCGCGGCUGGGUCCUCUCGCACCAACAGCCCGGCGGCGGCUUCGCCGGCACCUCGUCGCUCGUCUUCCCCCUCCAGGCCCCGUACGAGCAGUGGGAGCGCGAGACGGGCGCGCGGGAGGCGGAGGGGGCGGGGCUGGCCAACCUACCGGCGACGAUGUUCGCGCUGCAGCUGCUCGCGCUGCUGGCCGACGAGGACGACCCGGCUGGGGCUUUCCGCGGCAUGGACCGGGUGCAGACGCUGCGCUGGCUGCGGCGGCUGCAGCGCGCGGACGGGAGCUUCGGCGAGGUGGUGAAGCUGCUGCCGGGGCAUGGCUGGUUCAUUGGUGGCGGGUACGAUAUGCGGUAUUGCUACCUUGCCGCAGCGAUCCGUUGGAUGUUGAGGGGGGAUGUGAAGGAGGGCGAGCCGGGGUGGGUGGAGGACAUUGAUACCCGGGGGCUGGCAAACUAUAUUCUGAAUAGUCAGACCUAUGACGGCGGCUUCGCGGGCAGCUCGCAAGAGGAGCCACACGCCGGCUACGCCUACUGCGCGAUCGCCGCCCUCUCUCUGCUCGACCGGCCCCUCGAAAACAGCACGGCCUCCCACCCCAGCCAGACGCUCCACUCCGGCAUCCGCGACAUGCCAGGGCUGAUCCACUGGCUCGUCUCACGCCAGUUUGCCUACCUCGAACCCAACUACAAUAGCGACAACACGGACAACAACAACAUCGAAGAGGGAGAAGAAGAAGAAGAAGCCAACUUCCUUCUCCCGGCCCGCCUCUCCGACCUUUCGCUGUCCCACAACCUGCGGCAUGUCGCCUGCAACGGCCGCUGCAACAAAGUCGCCGACUCGUGCUACACCUGGUGGGUCGGCGCGGCGCUGGCCAACCUGGGCCGGGGCGACCUGCUCGACUGGCCCGCGUUGCGGCGCUUCCUGCUCGACAAGAUGGCCCACCGCGUCGGCGGCUUCGGCAAGCACCCGGGCGACCCGCCCGACGUGUACCACGGCUGCUUCGGCCUGGCCGUGCUGGCCGUGAUGGGGGAGCCCGGGCUGAACAGGUUGGACGGCGCGCUGGCCGUGCCGGUGGGCACGGUGAAGAUUAUCGAGCUGGCGCGGGCGGCGUUGGUUGAGAGCGCCAGGGAGGAGGGGGCAAAGCUCGGAGGCCGGGCCGUGGAGAUGGGAAUUGCCAUGAGGGGCGCAAAGCCGGCUUGGUUGAUUGAGGCCGGCGGCUAGGUCGACGUGGGCCUGGAAGGGGCCGACGCCAGUGUGUCCCACCGCAGCGGUUGCAUGCGCUGUAAUAAAGCAUGCUGCAAAUCAAGCAGGAGUAUCUCGUCGUCACGAUGACGCGUUCACAGCAUGCGUGAUUAACCGCUUGUAUCCCUCCACCGCCUCCUCCAGAUCCCGCACCAGCAGCCCCUCGUCCUCGCCGUGCGCCACCAGAAUGCUGCCUGGCCCGUACAGGUAGUUGACCUGCUCGCCCUCGAGAUUCGGCACGUCCGUCCCGUAGUUGGCAACCAUGGUCUCGAAACCUG